CCAUAGCCAAUGAGAACGCACAGAUCUCGAAGCGGAAUUGGGUCAAACACAUUUACUCGUACACAUUCAAAGCACGCGAUCUGAAUUAGGGACUCGCGGCCAUUGAAUGUAGUGUAGCAUUUCCUUUGCUUCCUUCUUUCCUUUUGCUUUUUUUGGGGGGUUCUCUUGGUUUGGUGUCUUGUGUGUGUUUUUCUGCUUCUUGUUUGCCGUAUCGUCCAACAUUGAUCCUGCCUCAGCUGCGAGAGCAGAGGCGCUCAUGGAGGACCAACAGUCGAUUUACCCAGCAUCGCCAAAGCAUCGAAAUACGACAAAGCAGAACACUAGCACCAUCGCUUCAGAGCAUACACAACCAUGGACGGCUACGAGGUGUCACCGGCUCCUCCGGCCAUUGCUGACCCACAUCGCCGCCCUCAGGAAGGUCAAGGAGCGGAGGGACCUGGUCUGCAAUUCAGCAGGCUCGGGCCAGAACGUCAAACCCCAGAGGCCCGUGUUGGGCAAGCGAAGCUAUCCCGGUUCCGACUCAGACUACAGCGAUAAGAAGAAGAAGACAUGUCGCAAGUAUUCCAGGAGGGCAACUCGCCGGACUGCCACGAGCAACCAGUCAUGUACCCCACAGCGGAACGUGCAGAGGCAGCGUCGCCAACCCAGCAACAAGGGCUCGCACGAUGUGAUCUUGCCUACCCCUUUUCUUCGUCGGGUCCGGAACCACCAGCUCUCUUCCCCAAUCCGCGCCCCGUAUGACGCUCUCGAGGGGGAAGAGCCGGCUCUGGCCAGCAGCCGAUGCACUCACCCGGGGAGUGGCUGCAAGACGAAAUGCGCCUUUGAGAUGUCGCUGGCUGCUCUCCGGUCCACCAUAGAUGCCGAGAGACACAGUCUCUUUGAGUCCAUCUUCAAGGCUUUCGAUGCUCUGCUACGGGUCACGUCGCCUCGGAAGAACCAGGCAGCCCAUCCCAAGUCCUUAAUGGCUAUGUGUCUUCGAAAGGUGCCUGCAUACAUAGCGGGGCUCGAAGAAUGGGAGAGGCAGGAGUCCGAAGAGAAUGGCACAAGGUUGGCGGUCCAGGGUGCGGGUGUGUCGUUCGAGAUAUACUCGGAGCUGGAAUCCCUCGGCGCCGUCGACGGGUGGAGCAGUCUUUGCCUCCUCGUGCGGGCGCAUGCGGUCCAGAUCAUCCAAGACGCCGCAGGGGAAGGGCUGCUAGAGGAUUCAGUGACCGGUUUGCUUAUACGGGUGUGCCUUGAAUACAUGCCGCCGACGGAAUUUGACGGACUCAUCAGGGCCUUCGUUGUCCGCCCAUAUCCCAAGCCUUCCACGCCCGAUGACGACCUCUUCACCUCCCCGGCCCACCAGCCGCUCAGAGUACUCGAGAGCUGCGACCCUUCUGGAACCUCGAUCUUGCCAAGAGUUUUGGCUGAGCUCCUUGCCGGUGGCUUGCUACCAGCCGACUGGAUCCUGAACAGGAGCUUCAUCGCACUGUGGCCUUCGGCGGUGCGUCAUGUCACGCAUAUGAAGCCUUGCCAGGACAUCCUCGACUUCGCCAUCACCACCCUCGAACUCCUCUGUGAACUAGCUGCGCCCAGAAGGCCGCGCGGCGUGCCGCAGACACGUCUCCGGGGGAAGCCGCAAACCACACUCAUCAGCGCGCUCGCAGCCCUCGGAUCUGUGGUUCUUCUCAGCGAGGAAGGGCUCAAUCAAACUUUUGGCGCCUCCUCCGACUUGCCGGUAACCUGCAUCGCCACCCUCCGUCGCCGAAUGAGCUACAUUACGACCGCAUGUUCGGCCCGCCUCAAACCGCGCAAGACCCCGACCCGCAAACUUGGCACCUACCUCCUCGCCCUAUGCUGCUUGCUCUCUCUUCCAGAACCAACAUCCUCCUGCCCGGCAGCAGAGGGGUCCCUAGAAAUAUCCACAGCGGUGGUCGCCACGGCCUGGAAAGAUAGCCAAACCUGCCAUCGCAACGGUGGAAACAACAAGAGCAAGAACAACGCAGCCCUGAUGCUCCAGUACGAUGCGACCAUUGCCCUCAUAAGCGCCAUGGCCCACCACUGCGGCCGCGGCAGCGCCGGCCUGUCGUCAUCGCCGCACGCGUAUCUGGACCGCUUUUGUGGCCGGCUCUCGGCCCUGCUGUCGCAGCAACAGCAGCAACAGCAGCACCAGGCAUCGGCUACGGCAGCUAAGGCGGCGGUGAGCGGAAUGCGCGUGGACGGGGCGUUCCGGCUUGCGGAACUCACGGGGGAUCUGAGGGAUCUGGAGGUUGCGGAGGGGCUGCUGAGGGAGAGGCAGCAGGAGCAGGAAGAGGAGCAGCAGGGCACAAUAACGGAUGCAUGCGCUACUCCGGGAAGGAGGGGAGCUACUACAGGGAAGGGGAAAGGGGGGAAGGUGGCAUCGUUCCUGGGGGUACGUUGGGACGAGGGAAUCAGUGAGUGGGUUGCUGCUACGCCGGGAACGGAACCUCGCCGUCAGGUUCUUCGGGGGAAGAGUGGCAGGCGGUUGCGGUCUCAGGGCUUAUCAGUGGGUGGGGAUAGUGAGGACGAGGAAGAUGCAACGACAGAUCAUGAUGGUUCGGAAGCAGACGCCGAAACAGAGGGGAUCGAUGACGACGAUUACCCCGAACCGCCGCCGCCGCUUUCAACAGGUGGUGAUGGCGAUAAUGAUGACGAGAAAAACGACGACGAGAGCGGCGACGAGUCCGAAUCUGGCUCGGAGACAGCGGACGAGGACGACGCGCUGUCGCCAAACACUGAGGCGUCACCUUCCGCGUCCGUUUCGGAGCCGAAAGAGCCACGCCCACUCUCGGACGAGACCAGCGCAUCUACGGACCCCCACCCCGCAGGGGGCUCCCUCCUCGCCGUCCGCCCACGCCGGCUGCCGCGGCCCAUCACCCGCGGGGGCGACGAGCUGGGGUUCGACACCAGCACCACCCGCAGAGAGGAGGCGCAGAACUGGCUCCGCAGCAAGAAGCCGGCGCGGUUUCGGCCCUCGCCGGUCAGCGACGCCGCCACGAAGAAGAGAGCGGCCAGGGCAUCGAUGGUGUACCUCCAGCCAUCUCGUCUCGCGCCGACGGGGACUGCUAAGAGGAGGCGGACGUUGAGCGGGGCCUUUGUUGGAUACGACGCCGCAGGGGACAGUGAUGACGAGUUGAGUCUUCUCUAGGAAUAAGUUACAGGCCCUAUAGUGUCUACCUUUUGGCAGAGGCAGGCGGCUUCUAUUGGUAUUCACUACGGAACAUGUGUUGAGCUAUUGUCACGGGCGGUUUCACUUGUGGGAUGAUACCAUGUAAUUAGGGAUUGGACGAGGGGUUUGUUGG